GCCAUCCACUCACUACUUCUCUUCGUCGAACACCUGGUCUUGUAAACACAAAAUUUCGUAUUUUGUAAAUCUCUUCGCAGGAGUCAUAUCAAAGCCAAAAUCUGCAUCAGACUGGGAUGUUUUUCUCUGCAAUAUUUUGUCUGACCAACGAAACAAGAUGAGCGUGAUGGUGCUGAGUCUUCACUCGUCGCAGUGCAGACAGUCAGACGCGGACGUGCUGCAAAUGGACGAAGUGCUGGAGCGCGACCCUGACGCCCUCGAGAGAAGGGCAGAGUUUUCCUUCUGCGGUCAAUUGACUCCCUUGCAGAGUGCAGUCUACAGAAACCACACUGUCUGCGUUAACUUUUUAAUCAAGAAAGGGGCCAACGUAAAUGCUGUCACUGGGACUGGACAUCACACGGCUCUGUACAUUGCUAUUUACCGCAAAUAUCUGAACAUGGUUGAGAUCCUUCUGGAGAAGGGUGCAUCCACCAAGAGCCACCUUGCGCCCUACACCAACGCUGAAAAGCAACUCAUUUGCGAAUCAUGGUACUUCCACCUGGCUGUCACUUUUGAAUUUUUGGAUAUUGCCAAGAAAUUAGUAGAAUACGGCUCCAACACAGAAGACUUUGACAAGCACACGGGCAAUCAAAUUUUACAUGCAGCAGAGAUUGCAGCUGCUAAGCCAAGCCCGGAAGUGCUACUGCUGGCGCUGCAAUAUGGACCAAGCAUUGGCGAGCGGUCUGUAGCGAAAGAAGGUGAGCGGGCCCAGGGAUCGUCACUGGUGCUCUGCACAGUGGGUAACAAGUGGUCCAUGACAUCAGACGUUAAGGUGGAGAAGCUCAAGCUUGUAUGGACAUUAUUGUCCAAGUUUGGACACAGUUUCUGGUGCACAGACAAUAAGGGGCGAAACGUUCAAAAAGUGCUUGAGAGGAAGCGCACAAAAAACUCAAACAUUAAUUUGCCAGACAGUAUAUUUGUUGACCUCUUGGACUUCCUUGAAGCGUUGAUGUUCAAUCCGCUGAGUUUGCAGGAUCUCUGUCGGAUCGCAGUGCGUAGCAGACUAGGUCAGGGGGCACAACAGAAAAUCAACAGUAUCGGUAGCAUACCGCAAACUGUUCAGAGCUUUUUGAAGUUUGAACUGUUAUGAUACGUUUAUCUUUAGGACAUGACAAUUUGUUACAAUGUGUGAUAUUUUUCUGCGAUACUAUUUUUACUGAUCAGUUUUGUUUUAUUAUGAAGCACACGUGUAAUGUAUGAAUUUAAACAAAAUAAUUUCAUUUUUUUCUCGAUUUAAAUUCCAAACAAAUUUUGAAUCAAAUGAAGGAAUAAUUAUUGGUAUUUUUUGUAUGGUUAAUUUUGCUUUUUUCAAAAUGGUAUGUACGUAAUUAUGCAACACAUGAUUAUUUUACAUUUUAAAAUGAUUGUGAUAAUUUUUUUAUGUUUUGCAUACUUCAUUAUUUUGUACUGUUUUAUUAUUAUUUCAAAAAAUUUCCACUUAUUUAUUGCUUUCCAUCUUUUUUCAUCUUUGGCUUCAUUUAGAUAUUUUAUGAUAAUAUUAAGCGUUGUGAUGUAUGGAAUAUUAAUAACAAUCCGGUGAGGAGCCAAUUUUGGUUGUAAUUGUAAUCUUUUAGCAAUACAUGAAAAAUAUAUUUAGUAAACCUUUUAAAUGACAAAUAAAUAAUUCAAAUUA